ACGCGGCAAGUGCAUGGAGAGGGCCGCCACGGGUCCCGUGCUGACCGAAAAUCAAAAUUUUCAAUGGAUUUCGAAGAAUACGACUCCGACGAGCGUCCACUUCAUGGUGAAGCGGACCUGUUCUUGAGUUUCGAUCAAAUCGUAGACUCCUACCGCGAUCUCAUAGUCGAGCACCCCGACUGCCUCAAAGAAUUUCGAUGGUCCCUGAUGAUCGAAAACUUUCCCCCCCCCCGCUAAUGAACGGGAACAUGGCAGCGAUACCCCAGCUCGGUGCCAUCGUAGUCAACGGUGGCGGCGGCGGCCAAGAGCUCCGGGCCCCAAGAUCGGGCGAGGCUUCGGGGAUAUCCCAACCUUCCGAGACAAUCGAACGGAAUGUUGCCAGCGUACGGAUCGGUGAUGAUGCACAAGGCGAUUCUGCGACAACUCCACUAAAUGCCGAGAUGGUUUGGUCCGGUCUACAAUGGGGAGCCUCGUUUCUGUCGAAAGUCACGGAGAAGGCUAAAGAAUCUGUCGAUAAGGUGAUCACAACACUAGACCCUCAAAUGAAGCCCAUCAUCUUCUCGGGAGGAGAUCUCAGUAUUACAGUGGCGUCCGACAAAAAGGACAAAGUCAUGCCGAUCCAGGACGCUUUUUGGGAUGUUUUCGGCAGAGCUACCGUGGAAGGCGUGAAAGCUCAACCAUCGUCAAUGGCAGCCCAACCGGUCGGAUUCACGGCGGGUUUGAAGGCAGCCGAAGACCGAGUGGCUUGUCUACACAACACCGGCGAUGUCGACCCUCAGAGCUGGUGCGGAUUCGCCAAAACCGUCGGAGAAGUCGCCGCAGCCGCUUUGAAUUGCGAGCGCGAGGACUGGCACGAGAAACAUACCGGGCUGCCGCGAUGUGCCACGAUCUACCAAGCUGCCAAGAGUUUGGCGUUCCUGUACCGGCGGAAACUCCAAGAAAAGCUCCUUCAGCCGUGAUUUCGAGCCAACCUGAGGUGGCGCCUGUCGUUUCGCAGUGAAGUUUUGUGAUGUUGUAAAUAAGCAUAUGUAAUUCACAGUUUCGUCCGGUUAUUAUUAUUCACCACUAUCUGGUAGACGCUGUUAUUAUUACCUGAUCCUAAAUAAGCUUACUAUACAGAUAUCCCUGCAUGAGUCGGUGAGACUGAAAAUUGAAGAGCUCAUGACACUACUUGAAUAAACCGAUUAUAAAGAUCAUAGAAGGAAAGAAUCACCGAAUUUUCGAUGUUGCUCAGAUUUAUUGGAACGUCAUCAGAUUCGAUUGUAGAGUCGGGCUGGACUUGAGGCGAUCCGAAUAAAGCGACUGAUG